AUAUUUUGUCGCGCUUCAAAGAGUGAAUCCCAACACAGCUGUAGAUUGGGAAUUUCAGGGUGGUGAUGUGGCGCGACACGUUCCAGACAGAGAAUUUAAAUAUGUGUUCUGGGCGUUUGGUCCCGCGAUUCGAACCUUCGAAAUGUGCCCGCCGGUUAUUAGCGUUGAUGGCACACAUUUAUGUGGACAUUACAAAAGGAAAUUGCUCGUGGUCGUAGCACAGACUGCGAAUAAGCGGCUAUUGCCAGUCGCGUAUGCGCUUGUCGACGAAGAAAGCACGGGCAGUCGGUCAUUUUUUCUUAGGAAUCUGCGGCGAUAUGUUGUAUUCGACAAACAGAUAUGCGUUCUUUCUGACAGGGAUGUGGGUCUACGCAGUGCGAUUGAAUCAUUACCGGAUUGGCAAGAACCCGCUGCGUAUCACCGGAUUUGCCUUCGACACCUUCGAAGCAACGUGGUGACCCGGAGUAAGAAAAUCCGGGAUUGGUGUUGGGAGUUGGGUUCGCAGUUGUCAAAGCAAAAGUUUCGACAGACAAAACAGCGACUUCAAGAAUUUAAUUCCGACGCAUACAAUUAUCUUUUCAACAUUCCUUUGAACCAGUGGACCCUGUAUCGAGAUGAAAAACGUAGAUGGGGCACUUUGACAACGAAUAUGUCGGAGAGUUACAACAAUGUCCUGAAAGGGGUUAGGUUCCUGCCGUGCAGAGCUUUGGUAGAGGCCACAUUCAAAAAACUCUGGAUUUGUUUCGACAAGAACAAAACAAGUCCAGCAGAUGCAGGAGUCCCAUUGCUCAUUUGCACUAUGUCGCAUUUUUGCAGUUGGAGCAAACUGCCGCAUCUCACGAGGUGGAAUGUACGGAGUACGACAGAUCGAU